AUGCCUCCCAAGUUCGAUCCCAACGAGGUCAAGGUCAUCCACCUCCGCGCCACUGGCGGUGAGGUCGGUGCCUCCUCUGCUCUUGCUCCCAAGAUUGGUCCUCUGGGUCUCUCUCCCAAGAAGGUCGGAGAAGACAUUGCCAAGGCCACCGGUGACUGGAAAGGCUUGCGCGUGACUGUCAAGCUCACCAUCCAGAACCGUCAGGCUGCGGUGUCCGUCGUUCCCACUGCUUCUUCCCUCAUCAUCAAGGCUCUGAAGGAGCCUCCCCGUGAUCGCAAGAAGGAGAAGAACAUCAAGCACAACAAGUCCGUCAGCCUCGACGAGAUCGUCGAGAUUGCCCGUACGAUGCGCUACAAAUCCUUCGCCAAGGAGCUCAAGGGCACUGUCAAGGAGAUCCUGGGUACUGCCUACUCUGUUGGCUGCCAGGUUGACGGCAAGCCUCCUCAGACUAUCAUUGAGGUCAACAAGGCAUCAUGCUAG